AUGUCUACCAACGAAGCGAAUGUCGAUAUCAGAAAGAACAUUGAAAAAACAGUCAAUAGUUUCUUAUCAGCUUACGAAGAUGGAAGGGAGCAAAAUGAUACAUCCAUCAUCAAUCGCGACCUCACUCCAGAAUGCACUCGUCAACUACUUCCUGUCUCACUCUGCAAAGCUCUGGGUCUUCCUGAAACCGCUCUCAUAACCAACGAUCAGUACGAGAAGCUUUACGCCAACGAUCUUUCUGUUGGAGGAGUCUACAACACUGUCUCUAAACACUUGGUUAUUGAUGCAGAGGCCAAAAAGGCAGCCGUCACUAGCAAGUCGGACUUUAAGUACAAGGAUGGCGAUGUCAUCGCCGUGGAAUUUUCUUGGACUUUUAACUUCAAUGAAGAUGGCAGUAAGAUCGACAAGGUCAUAGAGUUCGCGGAUGGCGACGCUGUUAAGCGGAUGGCGGCCAAAGCGCAGGAACUUCAGGCCAGCCGAGGGACAAAUGGUGUCAAUGGUGAUGGCGGCAAGUUGAAACAGGACGUUGAUUUCUCCGAGACUGGAUGA